UUUUCACGGGUGUCUUUACAUUGUGAAGGGCUGGGAUUUCUGGCAGGACGGAGGCAGAGGCGUGGGGCCCCGCCUGCGCUCGCUAAUCCCGGCUCCCCCCGCAGCGAGGCGGGCCCUGAGCGAGCCGGGACCGGCCCCAGCGCCGGAGCCAUGGCAGCCGUGCCUGCGGCCCCCGAGCCCCGCUCCCCUCCCGGCGCCAGCAGCCGGGCCCCGGCAGCCCAGGAUGCUCUUGAUGUGGAUUCAAAUACUGACAGAGAGCAGACCCUCCCUCUACAUGGAGACAGUGACAACUGGAUAGACUUUUCCAAAAUGUGCACUUCCAAUCAAGAAUAUUACUUGAAGCUAGAAGAGUUGAAGAAUGCCCAUGUGGAGACCAUGGCAAAGUUAGAAAGUAUGUAUCGGAAUAAACUCUAUUUAAAAGGAGUACAGCCUGUGGCCAGGAAAGAUGCUGCUUCUAAUGGGUGUUGCAGGCCAACUUGGGAGAAGAGCUCAUAUCAGACUCUAAAUUUGCACAAAUCCUUCUCUGACUCUGACUUAAGCGAUCCCUUAGGCUCAGGUGUAUCUGGUGGGUCUGACAAAGAAUUAGCAUUUGAAGAAAACGGUAGUGAAACUGGAUCAUCAUCAUUUGCUAAGCAACGGAUUGAAAAAAUGUGGGACGGGUUCUCUGUGGAAGACUACAUUGCCCGAACCAAACACAGCUUACCAAACUCGCCGGUCUUCAGAACGAUGCGGAAGAAGCAGAAGGCAUGGUCACCAAAAGUGACUGUGCCCAAGCCUUUCCAGAUGACCAUUCGAGAAGCUAGAAAAAAAGAACAGAAUGUCAAAUCAAAGUCCCAGAUUGAAAUGGAAAAUAACUUACUGAAGAAGCAGCUGGAGGAAGAAGCGGAGUGUCAGAAAAAAUUCCGAGCUAACCCAGUGCCCGCUGCAGUCUUCCUUCCGCUCUACCAUGAAAUCAUACAAAGAAAUGAAGAGCGCAGGAAGUCUGUGAAAGAGAGAAGCAAACUCAAGCUCUUGGCUUCUCAGAAGCCAUUUAAAUUCAUUGAAAGAGAGAAGCAAAGGAAUGAAAUUAGGAAAAUGCAAUUAAGAGACCUUUCCACACCUGAAAAGAAACCAAAACCAUUCAAAGCAAAACCAAUUCCUAAAUGUGUUUAUAGUCCAGCUGUUAAUGACAAGUUACAGGAGGAAGAGCUCUACAGAGAAAUUAGGAUUAGAAUGAGAGCUGAGGAGUUGCUGCGUAAUUCAUCCCUACCCACCAGCAGGCUGGCUUUAAAGAACACCAAUAAAAAGAAGAAACACAAGUGCAUGGAACCAAAGGAGACAGAACAUAAACCCAAGAUCAAACCAGAUGUUCCAGAUUUUGAACGACUCCACCAGAAAUUUCAGAAACGGCUCCUGCAAAAAAAACAGGUGAAACACCUUACAGUCUGUGAACCAUUUGAUCUUCGUACUCCACACAUUCCUUCAAACAAGGGGAAGAUUUUGAGGGACAUUCAAGAGGAUGAAGAAAGGUUGAAGGAAACACGCUGGCCAUACGCCUCUCCAAGACGUAAACCUCAAAUGAGAGGUGCAAAUUCACCUCUCUCGGGAUUUGGAGAAUCUAAAUCACCAAAAAUCACUCAAUCCACACAACGAAGGCUACAAGCCAUCAGGAAUUCACUUGAGGAAAAGAGAAAGCUGGAAGAACAACAAAAAAGAAACAGGACAAAGCAGAAACAAAGAACGAAAAAACUGCAGAAAAUUGUUACAACUCGGGCUGAGGCCAAUGACCCACAUCAGAGCCUAGCUCAGAUGUCUAAAUCCAAAUUAGAAACAUUCAGGAAUUACGAGAAGCAGAGAAUGCAAGAAUAUUUGCAAGAGUUACAAGAAAUGGAAGAAAGAGUAAACCAAAGGCCAUUGCUUUUGGAAAGAGUCACUCAGAAAAAUGCCAGAAUAGCUGCAGAAAAGCAUUAUUCUAAUACACUGAGAGCUCUGGGGGUAUGUCCAGAGUUUGUUUCAAAGAAAGGACAAACAACUAAAUUGCUAGGAUGCUCCAAUGCUGAAGAUUUUGGUCUUGAUGUCAAAGAAAGAGCCAACAAGGAUAAAGUGAAAGAAAGGGAAUCCUUCCUUUCAGCAGAAGCAGUUGACAUCAGCCCUCAGGCUGAGCAGUCCUGCGAGGAGGAGGAAGAGAAGAGAGAAGGUGUCAGAGCUUCCACAAAAGACAGUAAAUCCAGUGAGGCAGAGGACGAGGAGGAGACCAGAGCCAGCCCUCACGUUCAGCAGCCUUGCCACACAGGGGAGGCCAGCCCCGGCUCUGACCAACACUGUGAAGAGGAGGAAGGGGAAGCAAAGGCAGGCCUUCCACGUGACCAUUCCCUGGAGGAGGAGGAAGAUGAGGAGGAGAAUCGGUCAAGACCUAGCUCUCAGUCUGACAGGUCCCCUGAGCCGCAAGAGGGUCAGUCCGACCCUGAAGCUGAGGGUGCCUUUGGGUAUGAGGAUGAGGAAUACGAAAGUGAUGAUUCGGAAGAGAAAGCCAGUGAUGGUGAAGCUGACUGAAGGGCAGGCAGACAGGACAGGCUGGUGCUCAGGAACCUAUUUCAUUGCUGGCGGUGAAAUAGACACUAAAGAAAAAAUUGUCUUUUUGCUAGUGAUAUGAAAUUUUGUGAAUUUAAAGCUCUUAGCUUUGCAGUCUUUUUAGCACAGAAACCUUGUUGAUUUUCCAGUGAGAAAGAUCAAGUUAUUCCUUUCCACCAAGAAAAUUACUUUUAUAUUCAUCUUCUUUAUUUUAGACCUCUGUGACAUUAGUGCAGUUUGGUUCAUAAAAUUAACACCAAACAGUGGUUAAAAAUAAUGUCUUGCAUGCUGCGUUGUUAACUACUGAGGUCUUAGCAUGUUCAGCUUUUCCGUGUACUGGCAAAGCCAGAUGAGAUUUUGGAGUAGCAAUUUGCUAUUAUCAAUGCCUCCCAGGCUCAAACAUCGCAGUCCUUUUGGGCUCUGUUCCUGCAAUAUCUUCUAGGAUGGCAACGAACUGGCAAGGGUUUGUUGUGCAAGACCUCUCAUUGUUUUCAGCAGAGCAGCUGUAGACAACUGCAGUUAGACAAAAUGGCCAAAUUCAUCUGUGCAGUUCCUCCCUCCUGCUCCCAGGGAGCUUGUUCUCUUCCCCACUUAAGUGAGCUGAAUUGGUUCAGUGAUGGGUCAGAGGAGUGCCAGGGCCAGAAAAGAAGUGACUCCUUUUGGAGGAAACAAGCUGUUAGAUCAACUUCAGUGUUUUGUUCAGCUAAUAUACAAAGAGCAUCGCAGUUGCUGAAGGCCGUUCCUAUAGAGAAGAAAAAAAGAUGCACCAAAAUACACUGAGAGGAGUCAUUUAAACUCUUACAGAGCUUUUUAACAUUUGUAGGCAAGUGAGGUAGAAGAAAAGUCAGUAGAAUAUCUUGAGAAAAAAAACACGUUAUGCUACCAGAUCUUGUAUUACUACCUAACCAAGAUAGAAAAUUGUGUUCUUUCCCCUCCGUUUUGUUUUAAAGAGCUCUUCCUGUGAUCAUGUAAAAUAGUCCAUUUCCAUAAUAACAAAUGCCGACAUUAAGUUUCUUUAUUGAGAUAGUAAGCAUACUUUAAAAAGACAACCUUCCAACUCACCAACUGUAGUUGCAUGGAAGUCUGCUAAGGAAGUGCUUUAGUACCUUUCUUCACACACUUGUUACUCAGGACUUCAGCUACUACACAACACAACAUGCAAGUCUGUGUUUUUUUAGUUUAGUUUAGUUUUGUUGUUUGUUUGUUUGUUUUUCCCCUCUAUUUAUAUCGCUAGUGGCUUCUCCUACUGUUACUAGCUUUCCUGCUAACCUGUCAAAUACAGUGUUAGGAAAGAAAGUAGAAGAAAACAUUUAUGUAACAAACCACAAAUAAGUAUUUCAAACAAGCUUUCUCUGCUUAGAGAACAGUAUACUAUGACUUUGCACAAGCACUCAAAACACGUUCAUUGAAUAGUAAAUAUUAUAUUUCUUAAAACUAACGAGUUUGCAAAAGCAUCUGCAAUGACUAGGGAUAUGGGUUUGGCUUUUUUUGUUUGCUUUAGGUUGGGGAAGGGGAGUGUUGUUUGUUUUCCUCAGGUUUCCUUCCAAACUGCAUGUAAAAGCACUAACUAAAUCUAUUAUUUCUUCCUCCAGACUUUGAGAAACUGUGUCCUAGUGUUUGGAUUUUUAUCUUUCCUUUUUUUUUUAAUUUAUUUUGAAGUGUGGCCUAACUAAUAUGAAUUCUAAACUUAUUUGUUUUAUUUAAAUAAAAUUUCCAUUGCAUAUUUAUCUUA